UGUAAAUCUGCCCUGAACGCGACGAAUGGUUAGAACGGAGCUGAACGCAACACGUUAGUGAUUGAGAGCGCACGAAGAUCGGCGCCGUCCGCGGACACUCACGCAAGCUUUAAAUCGCGGGGAUGUUUUCCAUCAUAAUACAUACCCAGCGUGCGACCUCGUUUAUCCAGUAGGACUUUGAGUGCGUUUUGGGGAAGACUUUUCGACUGCGCGUCACCGGUUGCGCGGAGAACCGAGCAGCGGGCGAGAGCGCAGAGCGCAGCGGGAAGAGAGUGCGCACACGCGGGGCUCUGCCCUGCCAAACAUGGCUGAUCGUCGGGAGCGAGGCGCUGCAGGGAUCUCCAGAAACACGCUCGAUGCUCCCCACUGAAGAACCAGAAGAUGAUGAUGGUGAUGAGAAGCGGCUCUCCACAAUAAUGACCUAUCCGCCCGCGGUUCGGAACAUGGCUGUGAUCAUCCCCUACACCAGCGAUGUACCCUGUGACGCCAGAGGCCAGAGGAUGUGGUGGGCUUUCCUCGCCUCCUCCAUGGUCACUUUCUUCGGGGGUCUGUUCAUCAUCCUGCUGUGGAGGACCUUCAAGUACCUGUGGACGGUGUGCUGCCACUGCAAGGGUAAAAAGAAGAACGUGCAGCGGGUCAGUAACCCGGCGGUGCUCGGUGACGGUGUGACUAAAGCAGCGGUGGCGGUCAGCGAGGUGGGAUGGAUGACCUCAGUGAAGGACUGGGCCGGGGUCAUGAUCUCUGCUCAGACGCUCACGGGACGCGUGCUGGUGGUGCUUGUCUUCGCUCUGAGCAUCGGAGCGCUUGUGAUUUACUUCAUCGACUCCUCGAAACCCAUCGAAUCCUGUCAGCAAUUCGACAAGGACUACACAUUGCAGAUCGACAUGGCCUUCAACGUGUUUUUCCUCUUGUACUUUGGACUGCGUUUCAUCGCAGCCAAUGAUAAGCUGUGGUUCUGGCUGGAGGUGAAUUCAGUGGUGGACUUCUUCACCGUCCCGCCUGUGUUUGUGUCCGUGUAUCUGAACAGGAGCUGGCUGGGAUUGAGGUUCUUAAGAGCCUUGAGGCUGAUCCAGUUUUCAGAAAUAUUACAGUUUUUAAAUAUCUUAAAAACAAGCAACUCCAUAAAGUUGGUGAAUUUGUGCUCGAUCUUUAUAAGCACAUGGCUGACGGCAGCAGGCUUCAUACAUUUGGUGGAAAACUCAGGGGAUCCUUGGGAAAACUUCCAAAAUUCCCAACCGCUUUCCUACUGGGAGUGUGUGUACUUACUCAUGGUAACCAUGUCCACAGUGGGUUAUGGAGAUGUUUGUGCUAAAACAACCCUCGGCCGCCUCUUCAUGGUCUUCUUCAUUCUCGGAGGAUUGGCCAUGUUUGCCAGCUACGUUCCUGAAAUCAUAGAGUUAAUAGGAAACCGCAAGAAAUAUGGUGGUUCCUAUAGUGCAGUAAAUGGGAGAAAGCAUAUAGUCGUCUGCGGUCACAUCACACUGGAGAGCGUCUCCAACUUCCUCAAAGACUUCCUACACAAGGACAGGGAUGAUGUCAAUGUAGAAAUAGUUUUUCUCCAUAAUAUUUCCCCUAAUCUUGAGCUGGAAGCCUUAUUCAAGAGACACUUCACACAGGUGGAGUUUUACCAGGGAUCCGUCCUCAACCCUCACGAUCUCGCUCGAGUCAAGAUUGAGUCGGCCGAUGCCUGUCUGAUCUUAGCUAAUAAAUACUGUGCAGAUCCUGACGCUGAAGAUGCAUCCAACAUCAUGAGGGUGAUAUCCAUUAAAAACUACCAUCCAAAGAUCCGAAUCAUUACACAGAUGCUGCAGUACCACAAUAAGGCUCAUCUUCUCAACAUCCCGAGCUGGAACUGGAAGGAGGGCGAUGACGCCAUCUGCCUUGCCGAGCUAAAGCUGGGCUUCAUUGCUCAGAGCUGCCUGGCGCAGGGUCUGUCCACCAUGCUGGCCAACCUCUUCUCCAUGAGGUCCUACAUCAAGAUUGAAGAAGACACAUGGCAGAAGUAUUAUUUAGAGGGAGUAGCCAAUGAAAUGUACACGGAGUAUCUGUCCAGUGCCUUCGUGGGUUUGUCUUUCCCCACCAUUUGUGAACUCUGCUAUGUGAAGCUGAAACUCCUGCUGAUCGCGAUCGAGUAUAAAUCAGACCAGAGAGAGAGCAGCACACAGAACAACCAUUAAAACCAUCAAAAAAUUCAAGAUGCAACACUGAACUCCUUUAUCCCCAAUUAUCCAAAAAAGCCAAAGAGGGCACUUUUCUACUGUAAAGCUUGUCACGAUGACAUUACAGACCCGAAACGGAUCAAGAAGUGUGGAUGCAAACGGACCAAGAAGUCCGCCUACAAGAGAAUGCAUCUGGCAUGUUGUGUAGCUUGCGGUGGGGCAGAACGUGGCUGCUCGUGCAUGUCAGACAGUGUGGCUAGUAACAUGGAGGUUCUGCACCGUGGCUUCCCCUUCUCUCCUGUGUCUCUGUAUGAUAACACGACCACUUUAUGCUCCUCUAAAAGUAACUAUAACGGAUACAUCAAAUCAAUAAACGAUGAGCUCAGUCCAACAUUCCAGCCCCAGAAUCCCAAACCCGCCCUAAUGCGAGCUCAGUGCGCAGUGAGAGCGUCUCCUGCUGUCCCGGGCGUCCGUGUGUCAGUGCCUUUAGUAAAUAACCGUAAAGGCAGUCUGCUGUCUCCGGCUGCCUUAUACCUGCACAGACUCAGUCUGGCCAGCUCUAGAGAGCUGUAUCAGAGCAGCAGCACUGGCACAGGAGCAUCUGAUGCCAUCCGCCUGCAUCGGGCCUGUAGUCUGCCUGUUAAAUACAGAUAUCAUUCCAGCCACGGCUCCACCUCCACCAUCGGCCCGCACACGCUCUUAGUGGAGGAGGAGCAGCAGACGGCUCUGUCGCCCAAGAAAAAACAGCGUAAUGGAGGGAUGAGAACGUCGCCCACAUGCUCGCCCAAAAUAAUAAGGCACGACCCGUUGUUGGUCCCUGGACACGAUCAGAUGGAAACAAUGGAUGAGAACAUAAAGAAAUAUGAUUCGACAGGAAUGUUUCACUGGUGUCCAUCAAAAGACAUAGAGAAGGUCAUGCUGACUCGCAGCGAGGCGGCGAUGACGGUUUUGAGCGGUCACGUGGUGGUUUGUAUAUUCGGCGACGUGAAGUCGGCUCUGAUCGGUCUGCGUAACCUGGUGAUGCCUCUGAGAGCCAGUAACUUCCACUAUCACGAGCUGAAGCCCAUCGUGUUCGUGGGCUCUCUGGAGUAUCUGAAGAGAGAGUGGGAGACGCUACACAACUUCCCCAAAGUCUCCAUCUUACCUGGGACUCCACUGAGUCGGGCCGAUCUGAGAGCCGUCAACAUCAACUUGUGUGACAUGUGCGUCAUCCUGUCAGCCAAUCAGAACAACAUCGACGACGCCUCUCUGCAGGAUAAGGAGUGUAUUCUGGCGUCUCUCAACAUCAAGUCCAUGCAGUUUGAUGACAGUAUUGGACUCCUGCAGGCCAACUCUCAAGGCUUCACUCCUCCUGGCAUGGAUCGCUCGUCUCCGGAGAACAGUCCCGUACACGGAUUGGUGCGAAAGGCGUCCAUAACCACCGGAGCAAACAUUCCCAUCAUCACAGAGCUCGUGAACGACUCAAAUGUCCAGUUUCUGGACCAGGACGAUGACGACGAUCCCGACACGGAGCUGUACCUCACGCAGCCGUUCGCCUGCGGGACAGCGUUCGCCGUCAGCGUGCUGGAUUCAUUAAUGAGUGCCACGUACUUCAAUGAUAACAUUCUGACUCUGAUCCGGACGCUGGUGACCGGCGGAGCCACGCCGGAGCUGGAGGGUCUGCUGGCGGAGGAGAACGCGCUGCGUGGAGGAUACAGCACACCGCAAACACUGGCCAACAGAGACCGCUGCCGCGUCGCACAGCUGGCGCUUUACGACGGACCCUUCGCUGAUCUGGGGGAUGGAGGCUGUUAUGGUGAUUUAUUCUGUAAAGCGUUGAAGACGUACAACAUGUUGUGUUUUGGAAUCUAUCGAUUAAGAGACGCACAUCUGGGAGCACCCAGCCAGUGCACUAAACGAUACGUGAUCACGAAUCCUCCAUACGACUUCGAGCUGGUGCCUACAGAUCUGAUCUUCUGCCUGAUGCAGUUUGACCACAACGCUGGCCAGACGCGCACCAACCUGUCGUCUCACUCCACCUACUGCCCCAGCAAGAAGAGCCCAUCCGCCCUCUCCAUCCCCUCAUCCGCCCGGCCGGGACGCAGCCGGAGCCGCAACCCGCGCGACAAACAGAAUGCACCCAGGACGAAUAAAGGGGUUUCAGAUAAAAACUGGUACACAGACGAACCUGAGAACAGCUUCCCUAGAAACACACAAACUAAACACACCAACACACACACAGCCAAUCAGACCAAUCAGUACAAAUCCACCAGCAACAUCAUCCAGCCAAUCAGAGAAGUGGAGGAGGAGCCUUGAGACGACCUCAUCUGGACUCACCUGAUCACAGACGGAUCAUCAGAUCUGCUGACUGGAAACCAGUUGAGAACCACUGGUUUUGGAAAUAAGUAUCAGAGUUGCUAAAUAGAGUGUUAUAGAUCUAGAAGAGAUAAGCGUAGAAUGUACUGCACUUAAUUCUAACUAUGAGCUAAAUGCAUAUAAAGAAGUUUUCCUAGAUAUUAGCAGGCACAUAAUUGGCUUUACAUCACUCACAACAGCACAGAGUUGUCAUUAUCUGGGAAACCAGCCAAGGAGCGUCAGGAUUGGAUCAGGCUAUCUGCCACAGAUCGAGAAGAGCGGGCGCAGGUCCUCCCUCGGCCUGGCUCGGGAUUGGCCACCGAAUCCAAAACCAAUCCAGAUGCUGGGACACAUUAAAUCUAGAAAAUCAACUAGGAUGAUAGCUGGAUCAGAAGGCAGCUUCGCCGUGUUCUUGUACCAAUGAUUAUGCACUGUAGCAAUAAAUCUGCUGCUUCACUUGAGAUGUGUUUGGAUAACUGUGCAUUUUAAUUGGGUUUAAUCAGCUUCAUGUCAGUAAUGUGAGGAUAGAGGUUCAGGUUCAUGGCCUGUAUAACGUUAAACGUCCUUUGGAGAAGAAUGAAACGCAUUCCACAUCUUGUGCCGAUGGAUUUGAUCUGCAGUGUUUCUUUAGCUGUUUGCUUUCAAUCUGAGCUUUUUACUGUUAAUAUCAAAGUGCUGUACACCUUUUUUUUCGCCUUGAGCUUCUGUUCACUUCUUCAGUCAUUCCAGUGUUGCAUAUUAAACUCUGAUCAGGUUAAUCGUGUGCUUUAUUUAUAUACACGUCACAUGAGCCUUAACAGAGCUGAUCUGAGAUCAGCAGAGCCGGACUCGAGGGAGGACCUGCAAAAGACCCGCUCCAGCGAAAAGUGGCCCUGAAAUCAUCAACAACAACAAUUAAAAUAGUGCAACGUAGUUUAAGAUUAAAGACUGGAUGACUGAAGAGUGACAUGUAUUUGCUCAUGGUGUUUGAUUUGUACUGUAUGUAAUUUUAGUGAUACACACAAGCAGACGUAUUUUAAUGAAAAUGUCUUAAGCAUUAAGUGUGAAUCAUGUGCUUUAAUAUGUUGAAUGAAGAGAGAACUGACUUGUGUGCUGCUGGAGAGUUUAACAUUAUAUACUUGACAACGCAAAUACAAUAUAUUAUAAUGUACAAAAGGCUGUAAAUAAAAUGUA